AUGGGCGGGCCGAAGGGAUUUGGAUAUGGUGCCGUGGGCGGGCCGAAGGGAUUUGGAUACGGUGCCAUGGGCGGGCCGAAGGGAUUUGGAUAUGGUGCCGUGGGCGGGCCGAAGGGAUUUGGAUAUGGUGCCGUGGGCGGGCCGAAGGGAUUUGGAUAUCAUGCCGUGGGCGGGCCGAAGGGAUUGCGAGGCAGAGCCGUGGGUGAGCCGAAGGGAUUUGGACACGGUGCUGUGGGCGGGCCGAAGGGAUUGCGAGGCGGAGCCAUGGGUGGGCUGAAGGGAUUUGCACACGGUGCCAUGGGUGGGCCGAAGGGAUUGCGAGGUGGAGCCGUGGGUGGGUCGAAGGGAUUUGGACACAGUGCCGUGGGCGGGCCGAAGGGAUUUGGAUAUCAUGCCGUGGGCGGGCCGAAGGGAUUUGGAUAUCAUGCCGUGGGCGGGCCGAAGGGAUUUGGAUAUCAUGCCGUGGGCGGGCCGAAGGGAUUUGGAUAUCAUGCCGUGGGCGGGCCGAAGGGAUUUGGAUAUCAUGCCGUGGGCGGGCCGAAGGGAUUUGGAUAUCAUGCCGUGGGCGGGCCGAAGGGAUUUGGAUAUCAUGCCGUGGGCGGGCCGAAGGGAUUUGGAUAUCAUGCCGUGGGCGGGCCGAAGGGAUUUGGAUAUCAUGCCGUGGGCGGGCCGAAGGGAUUUGGAUAUCAUGCCGUGGGCGGGCCGAAGGGAUUUGGAUAUCAUGCCGUGGGCGGGCCGAAGGGAUUUGGAUAUCAUGCCGUGGGCGGGCCGAAGGGAUUUGGAUAUCAUGCCGUGGGCGGGCCGAAGGGAUUUGGAUAUCAUGCCGUGGGCGGGCCGAAGGGAUUUGGAUAUCAUGCCGUGGGCGGGCCGAAGGGAUUUGGAUAUCAUGCCGUGGGCGGGCCGAAGGGAUUUGGAUAUCAUGCCGUGGGCGGGCCGAAGGGAUUUGGAUAUCAUGCCGUGGGCGGGCCGAAGGGAUUGCGAGGCAGAGCCGUGGGUGAGCCUGGCCCAGGACCGUCUGCAGUGGAGAGCGGUCAUCUGGUAGGGGUGGCGCUAUCUGACGGGUCCCGCCACCACGCAGACAAGGAGAGGAGGAGAAGGAGAAAAGAGCAGCAAAACCUGCCCCGCGUCCCUGCAGUAGCCACCAGCUCCCGCCCCUUCUGA